AACUCAUCUCUGACACAACUCAACGACAAAGCGAUGAAAUAAACAUAACCAAAAACUAAAAAGCAACGCCGAAUGUUGCACGCACGAAGUAUUUCGUGGAUGCACGUUUUUUAAUCAUUAAAGGCAUUAGAGUCAUAAUGAAUGUGAAAAAUCAGGUGAAUGAUAAUUUGAAAAAUAGUUUUUUAGCAGCCUUUCAAGACAUACAGUUUUCCAUAUCAGACGAAAAAAAUGAAAAUCUUACCAAAGUUGUAGAAAUCGAGCGAAGAUGUAUUGCUACAAAAAAUCUCAUCGCACAAAAGCUUUGUUCAGAUGAUACAGCAGUAAUUAUGCUCUCUCAGCUCAAAAAAUGCGCUGCCAAAGUCGAUGAUAACAAAAAUGACAUAAAUAAUUACUGGCCUCAAUUUAAAGAGCUGGGUGUGGACACCAAAAAUGAUCCGAAACAAUGGAAGUCAAGCUUAACCGAUUCUCAAACUCUUCUACAACACCUGAAACCUCUGCCUUGCCAAAAGAAUCAGACACAACCUUGCAAGAAAAAAGAAUUCAACGACCGACACAUGGAAAAUCUACAGGGCAUGAAGAAAAAUAGAAAAUCUGAGAGAAAUCGACAGAUAGCAAAAAUAGAUUCUCUAAUGAAUCUCGAUUUCAGAAACAAUAGGGAUCAAGAGAGACCUAAACCUCAUUUUAGUCCAAGCAUAUUUCAUAGAUACUUGGAGACCAAAAUUCCACUCACUCGUAAUCCUUCCUCAGUUCGAGAAAAUAGGCCAGGACCCGCAAUUUCGUCUCAUGUAUCUACGCAUAAAUAUGUGGAAUCAAGGAGACAAAGUCGGUUUCAAGAAUCUCCUGAGAAAGAACAAGUAAAUUCAGGAUCAAACUCCGGACACACAUUUAGUUCUUUCAAAACUGCAAAGGUUGAAUUACAUGAACAACAGGCAAAGAAAAAUCGACAACAGCCUCCACGAAAAACGCUUGGUGGUCUGUCGUCAUCAGUGACACAGAAGUUCGUUUGUCCUCUAAAAGGGACAAAGGAUAAGCCUCCUGAACCCAGUGUAGAAGAUUUGGAUUUACCAGAGUGCGACAAUGAAUUACUGAAGAAUAUUGAACCGAAGAUGAUCGAGCAAAUUAAGAAUGAAAUUAUGGACUCAGGCUCGAAGGUUACUUGGGACGACAUUGCUGGUUUGGAAUAUGCUAAAAGGACUAUUCAUGAGGUGGUGGUUAUUCCUAUGUUGAGGCCUGAAUUGUUCACAGGUUUGCGUCAGCCUCCAAAGGGAAUUUUGCUUUUUGGUCCUCCAGGGACGGGCAAAACGUUGAUUGGAAAGUGCAUUGCCUCGCAAAGCAAAUCUACAUUCUUUUCUAUUUCGGCUAGCUCGCUGACUUCUAAAUGGAUUGGCGAGGGUGAAAAAUUGGUCCGAGCACUGUUUGCAGUCGCCCGGGUUUACCAGCCCUCCGUAGUUUUCAUCGACGAGAUCGACUCCCUUUUAAGUCAAAGGUCUGACCAGGAACAUGAAAGUUCGAGAAGAAUGAAAACUGAAUUCCUCGUACAACUUGAUGGAGCAGCGACAUCCGAAAAAGAUAGAAUUCUUGUACUUGGUGCAACGAAUCGACCUUAUGAACUGGACGAAGCUGCACGUCGAAGACUUGUCAAGCGUCUCUACAUUCCCCUUCCUGAAUUUGCAGCCAGGGUUCAAAUUGUGGAAAACCUUCUUAAGGCCGAGAAACACGAACUGUUAAAGGAAGACAUCAAUGAAAUUGCGAUGCUCGCUGAUGGAUAUUCCGGAGCUGACAUGAGCAAUCUCUGUAAAGAGGCGAGCAUGGGACCAAUCAGAAGUGUUCCCAUCAGCCAAAUGGAAAAUAUUAGUGAGGAGGAUAUAAGGAAAAUCACGGCCCAGGAUUUCAAACAGGCGCUAACUUUUGUUCGACCCAGUGUUUCUCAAGCUGAUCUUAAUGUUUAUAUCGACUGGGACAAGACUUAUGGAUCUGGAAAUGUACAAAGUCUUUAGUAUAUUUGUAUCCUGCUUUUUGCUGUUAUGUACACUUUAUUUGAUUAGCUAAACUUGACUAAUUCAAUUAUUUCAAUCAAUUAAGUGUAAGUUUCAAUUAGUUUACUAAAUUAUUCUAUGUAUUUUAGAGAUAUGUUAAUGAUUUCCGAGUCUGUUACCUGCGUUAGAACCGUACAAAGUGACUGUCAUAAAAGAAUUUAUUUUUGUC